ACUAUAUAUAAAUGACGUCACAGAUGGUGGGAGUCGGCAAGGCGGUGGUGGUGGUGGUGUCGUUGGCUGUGGUGGUGGUGUCGUUGGCUGUGGUGGUGGCUGCUGCAGAUGACGACGAGAGGAAGAUGAGGUUAUUUGGGGUGGUCAGCAGCACCUCUGUCACCCUCUUCGCCUCCGUCACCGUCACCUCCCUCACUACCUGUCUCUCUGUCUCUGCUACUCCCUGUCUCGGCCGCAGGAAGAGGGAUUCCUUUAAACUUAUGAAGGAUGAUGAAGUAAACGACCUGCUGUCUUCCUACUUGGACAGCAGCCACAAGGAGAACCACGAGGCUGACGAUCCAUCUUCUACUUCGUCAGGUGAGGAUAGAACAGGGAAGGCCUUUACCAUAUGGACGUCCUUCUUCACCACCCUGACGAUAACCAGCACCGUCGCCCAGGGAGGAACCACUAUCACGGCGUCCGCUCUCUGUUCCGCCCCGGGGCUCACUGCUGGCUGCUUCUUAGGGUAGAUAGCUUGGCUUGGCUUGGCCCCCUCAGAUGACACCCAGGUUUUUGUAGACGUCUUCGAUAUCUUCCAGUUAAUUGUGUCUUUAUCACCAGUCAGUGUCCAGAUGAAGGAAGUUCUACCGGUCAGAGGACCAGAUGAAGGAAGUUCUAACAGACAGAAGAUCAGAUGAAGGAAGUUUCACCAGUCAGAGGACCAAAUGUAAGAAGUUCUACCAGUCAGAGGACCAGAUGAAGGAAGUUCUACCAGUCAGAGGACCAGAUGAAGGAAGUUCUACCAGUCAGAAGACCAGAUGAAGGAACUUCUACCAGUCAGAAGACCAGAUGAAGGAAGUUCUACCAGUCAGAAGACCAGAUGAAGGAAGUUCUACCAGUCAGAGGACCAGAUGAAGGAAGUUCUACCAGUCAGAAGACGAAGAUGACUGUCACCCAACAAAAAUUCAUUAACUGUUUGACUACUGAACUGACUGUAUUGUUCUUGUUGUUGUUGUUUUAUGCGUUAUGUAAAGCUCAGUAUCUCUCUCGUGUGUACAUAUAAUAUAAGGGAAUAAUAAAAUAAAUACCAUAA